AUGAUUUCUUUUAUGGUAAUGUCUAACAUGCUAUCAGAACAAUUAAAAAAUUAAUACAAGAGUAAAUCAGUCUAUUGGAGAUAGGAAAAAGAAAAACUACUUCAAACAUUUCAACCAAGACAAAAUAACUAAUAAUCAUAAUAAAGAUCAAGAACUAGUGAAAGAAAAAGCAUUAUACGUAACUUAGUAGAUUCACUUUAUAAUCAAGGAACUCCUGAAAAAAACAAAUCAAUUUAUUAUCAAUUUUAGUCUCAAAUUACUUAAUAAUAAUAACAGUAAUAAUAUUAAAGUUCUGCCAAAAAAUAACAUACAGAAGAAUUGACUUUAUCUACUAUUAUUAAUAAAUAUUAAAAGUAAGUUGAAACAUGUAAUUAAAAAUAAAUAGUAUAUGAUCCUAUAGCAAAUUAGAUCAUAGAAUCAUUUUAAGAACUCAAAAAGAGAUCUGCAAAAAAGUAAGAAAUAUAAAAAUGUUAAUCAGAAUAGAAAAUUAUAGAAAAUAGUGCACAUAAAUAAAAUAUAUUCAGUAGAAUCAAUUAAAUUAGAGAAUUUAUUGAUUAACAAUUAAAAACUAAUGUUGAUGAAUCUAAUAAAGAUAUUAAAUAUGAAAGUUAGUAUUAAUCAGAUGUUGAUUAAAGUUCUGGUAAUUUGAGAAAUAAAUCAGUAGAAUUUAAAUAAUUCUUGGAUUAAAGAGUAAGUGUUGGAAGAGAUUCUACAAACAAUAGAUUAAAUCAUAGGAUUAAUAAGCUACGUUCUAUACGUAGUAGUACAACAUUGGAUAUAGGAAUUUAAGUUUCAUUAUUAGAUGAAAAUACAAUACAAUUAUAAAAACAAUAACAAGAAAAUUAUCAAUAAUAUAAUAAUUAAAAUAAUUCUUAAAAUUAUCAAUAAUAAAAAACAGAUAAUCUUAAUAAUUCAGGAAGAAUGCAAUAAGAAUAAUAUGAAAUUUAAGAUAUAAUAUAAUAAACAUCACCUGUAUAAUCACAAAAUCCAUAUUAUCAAGUAGAAUAAUCAGUAACAUCAGAAUAUUAAUUGCCUCUUUAAUAAAUGUUGUAAUAACAAUAUUUAAAUGAAGAUUCAAUAUAAAAAACUAAAAAUUCAGGAAGAAUCAGUAGAAGAAGUGAAUUCUUACAAAAAGCAAGAUAUUCAACAAAUACAAAUGAUGAAAAUAAAGAUAAAUUUUAAGUAAAUAUUGAAGAAAUCAAAAAAGAAAGAUAAUCAGAAAAUUAAAGAUUUUCAGUAACUUCAAAUGAAAUAGGUGGCAAAGAUGGAAUUUUAUCCAAUUUAGAUUUUAAUAAGGAAAGAUUUUCAGUUAGAUCAAAUGAAUAAUAUAUUUAAAAUAAAGAGAGAAAUUCAAUUAAAUCUAAUGGGGAAGAAGAUUAUAAAGAUCAAUUAAUAUUAAAAUUAAAUAAGCCUGAUUCUAUAACUCCAAUUUAAUUUAAAUAUACAACAAAUAAUAAGGAAAAUAUUAUUGAUGUAUUUGGUUGCCAAUCUAAAUAUAACAAUAUAUAAGAAUAAGAUAAUAAAUUAGGAGAAAGAUUUGAAAGUAAAUUAAAUGCUAUUGAAAUUCCAAAGAUUAUUCAAGCUUUAAAUUUUGAUAAUAUUGAAUUAAGUAAACCCUGUUCUGGCACAUAAAAUUCAGUAGAUACAAAUAGAUUCUAACUUGAAAUUUAACAAAUUAUGGAAAAAUAGAAUGAAACUUAAGAUGUCUAGUUAAAAUAAAAUGAAAUGAUUAAUAUUUAAUAAGAUUUUGCUCUAACUAGUAAUAGAUCAUAAUUAUCUGUUCCUAUUACAGAACCAACUUAGAUUCAAUAGAAUAAUUAGAUUAAUACUAAUUUUAUUAGAGUUGAAGAAGAGAUUGAAGCAGGUUAGCCUGAUAUUAGAAUAAUUGAAAAUGCCACAGGAAUUACAGAAUGUUUUCUUUAAUAUUCUGAAGACACAGCAAACUUAAGAAUUCCAACUUAAAUUAGUAACAAUGAGGAAACUAAAUUUAAACCAGAUUCUUAUGUAACCUGCGAAAUUUAAUUUUAAUAAAUUAAAUAAGAUUAUUAAUAGUUAAAUUAAUUAUAAUCAACUUAAUCAAAUUAAAUGAACUAAUCUUCAUUUGAAUAAUGGUUAUCAUAAACUGAUUAAAACAAAAGAAUAUUUAACUUUAAUUGUUAAUCAUAAUAUUUUUAAAAAGAAAAAUGUGAUCAUAGUACUUAAAUUAAUAAAGUUGAUUCAGAUUCAGAUGAAGAAAUUUAAUUCAUUAAGAAAAAAUAAUAAGAAUGUCUAUUUAAUUAAGGAGUAACAUUAUUAGUUAGAAAAAUUACUUCAAUAUUAAAAAUUAGACAGAUUAAAUCAUUCUAUGAAAUUAAAGAGUAUUCUCUACAUUAAUCUCAAUAAUAACAAUAGUUACAAUAAUUUAAAUCCUCUUUCCAUAAUUAUCAUUCUCCAAUUGAGUCAUAAUACUCAUCUUAGUUUUAUUCAUAAUAAUAGUCCUUAACAUCUCUUCCCAUUCCUUCAUCAUAAACCUAAUAAUCUUAAACAGAUUUUGUUCCUUAAGCAACAAAAGAAUAGGCAGCUUAAGAAAAAAUAUCAAAUCUCUUAAAAACAAUAAUGGAAGAAACCGGAUCAGAUACAUUAAGAAUGUUAAAGAAUAAGUCUAACCUAUCUCCAAUAGCUAAAAAUUCAGAAAAAAAAAGAUUAAAUAGUAGUACCAAUUCUAAAUUAAGAGUAUCAAAAAAAUGUUCAGCAGCUUCAAUUUUAGCAUCUAUGUAAUCUCCUGUUUAAGAAAUAAAUGAUAGAAUAAAGGUUAAUUUUAUAUAAGAUAUGGGUUUGGAAUCACCAACUUAAAAACAUACUGAGCAUGCAGAGUUACAUGAUUGCAGUAAAUAUUGAUGAUUUUAUUUUAGGUCCAAUAGCUGAGCCUAUGGAAUUUUAAGAUGUAUCAGUCUUAUUAAAAUAAAGGAGAGAGAUGAAAUAAAUUGCUGACUCAAAUAAUGGAAGCAAUAUCAUAAAUAAUAGUUAUAAUGAUUAAAGACAUUGUUAAAUUUUGUCUCAUCAUAUUGCAAUUUAGAAAGCAAAAAUUGCAAAAAAAUUUUAGUAAAUUCAUUAUAAAACAGCUGGAUAAUAGUAAUUUAGAAAAGAAAAUUAUUAAUUUUGA